CAAGUUCUUGCUUUCUAAGUGUUCUUCUUGUCUUCUUUCGGUUGUUCUAGCCAAGUGUUAUGCGUGAGUAAGGCUGACUUAGCGCAAGGAGGGUGCUAAGGCCGCACGAGUAGCUUAGGAAAAAGCCAUGAAUCUGGGAGCUGGGCAACCGGCGAUUCCGACGCUCGGCGUCGAACCUCUUGUGCUCGACGAAGAUUUGUUUCUUCUUGCAAUGAGCCGUGCACUGGAUAAAACUUUACCAUCGCUUCAAUCCAAGCUGCAAAGUAUGAUUGAAAAUGUGUUCGAGCAAUUUCGAUUGACAACACCACCACCAGCCUUGUCGCAACCAGUCUACUACCAGCAGCGAUCACUAGAGCAAUCAUCAACUCCAGUUUCUGAUCCCAAAACUCAAAUUGAGAUUGUUCACUCUCAUCUUUGGAAGGCUCGAAGCAAGCAAGUCGCUCUCAAGUCGACUGCGGGCACCGGAGGAGUGAAGAAACCGCACAGUUUCAGGCUAGGAGCAUCCAUGCUCCAAAAGACAGCCAAAUACCAGAAGCGCAAUUUCCGGAGUUCAGCUGCGUCUCUUCUACUCGAGGAUGCCAUUUCGGCUCAGUCAAACCUUAACCCUACUUCUGUUUGCCUGGUGAGUGAUACUGGCACUAGUAUUCCUAAUCUCAAUUUUGUGAGUACUGACUGCGUUGGCGUAGAUUCUGUGCUUGUUGCAAAAUUGAAUGGGAGUGAUGUGAAUUUCGGAAAUGGAGAGGAUGAGACUUUUGACAGGAAGGCUAAGGUGUAUAGUGGAGAUGUGAAAGAGCUUAGUGAGCUUGAUAGUGUUAGUGUUAAGCAAGAUGAUCUGCAAGGACCAAAUUCGGGUGAGAAUGGGAGAGAAUGCCAUGCACUCCACCUGCUUGAUGAAAUGCCUCAGUCAAAGGGGUUGUGUAGUGUAGGGGGACUGUUGCAACUCUUACAAGUAUUCGAGACAAAGGUGGGGGACUUGCUCACCAACCUGUAGAAGUGGCAUUUGGGGCUAGUUAUGAAGAAAAGGAUGAUGGUUUUGACAAAUCAGUUGGCAACACAUUUCUAGGUGUUGAGGUUUUUACUCUCAUGGAUGUUGACAAUGGAUUAUUGAAUGGUAAUUUUGGUGAAGAAAAUGUUUGCAUGGAUAAUAGCUAUGAGAAAAUGCAUGUGAAUUCUAAAAUGGUGCUGGAGUUAAUAUUGGAAAAGUGGAAAUCACAAGUUACAGUGGAAACACAAUCUCAAGCUAACAUAGUGCAGUGGCUUAUUUUCUACUGGCAGCCUUGUCAUUGCGAGACAAAGGGAUUGUACUCUUUUGCAUGGAAGCAUUCGACGAACUUUGUGAAAUGUUUCAAAACUCAUUGUCUCAGGGAGGUAUUUUGGGGCUUGAUGUGCAUGGGAGAAUAUUGAUGGCUUAUGGGAAAGAGCAUAGGUUUGUGGAAACCACUCAACUGGUGAUGGAUAUUAAUAACUCGUGGCUUAUGUUGGACAUGGAAGCAUAUGCUACUCUAAUAGGAGCAUUUAUCUCUGGUCAUGAUUUUCAAUCGGCUUUUGUUGUGGUAUUGAGUGACUUGUCCAAGCUCCCUGUUGUGAUCUUUAGUGCUUUCAAUGAUAAUGCUGGGAAUUUACUUACUGAAGACAUAGUUGGGAUAGUGAGUGACCAUCAUAAAGAGGACUGGAGAGUUAUACAUGCCUGGAU